CCAGGUGGGCUUUGAUAGGCCAGAGUGGGCCCCCCCCACCUUCGCUGUUCGGGUGCAUCGUCGUCAUGGCAACAGGGCCGCUCCUCGACACCCACGCCGAUCACCCCGAUUCUCUCGCUGUGGAAGCCAGCGAGCGAGAGGGGGGAGAAAAAAAAAAGCGAGCGAGCGAGAGCUACUCUUCCUCCUCCUCCUCCUCCUCCUCCUCCAUCAGCUUCCUCUUCAUUUUCCCAUCAGUCAUCAAGAUGGAGAACAAGUCGCUGCUCUGCUGGGAUGGGCCGACCAGCUCCCACAAUAGCGUCUGAAGGUCUCCCCGCCGCCGUCCGCCCGAACCGUCCCCAGCGCAUCCCGGACCUCCAGAACGCAGAGCGACCCCCUCCGAGCGGACCGGAUUGGAAGCAGAUCGGAAGCCUGAAGCAGGAACGCCGUCAGGCUCGGGAGCAGAUUGUGCUUUGGAAAAGUUUGAUGGGAGUGCUGCCAAUAGCCACAUGCCUCUGAGUCCGGCUGCUGACGCCAAACAUGAUCGCCCACGCCAACAGGCGGUUACUAACGGCAACCCGACAGGCUCUCCCGUCGCCCGGGACGACGACGCGGAGGACGCGCCCUCUGGAAACAGCAUCGUGGUCCGCAUCGGCAUCCCGGACCUUCAGCAGACGGUAACACACGCGCUAGCUAGCACGCUUCCGGGGCAACCAGGAGGAAGUGCCGGCCAGCCGGGCCAAAGUGAGCAAGUGUGGCAUCAAACAUGUCCGUGUGUGCGUCUGUGGCUCUCUCAGAAGUGUUUGCGGCUGGACCCAGAAUUACCCGUUUGGACCAGUAAGCAGAGGGUUCUGGUCACCUUGACUCAGUCUCUGUCGGAUGUUUUGAACUAUGGUCUCUUCCAGCCGGCGUUCAACGGCCGAGCUGGCAAGUUUCUGGACGAGGAGCGACUUUUGAAAGAGUACCCUCUCCCACCCAUCACGCCCAUUCCAUACCUCGAGUUUCGUUACAAACGCAGAAUUUACACGCAGACUUACGUAGACGACAAGCAGCUGGCCAAGCUGCACACUAAAGCCAACCUGAAGCGAUUCAUGGAACAUGUCCACCAGAAGAACGUGGAAAAGGUUUCCAAAUGGCUGGAAAAGGGCCUCGAUCCAAACUUCCACGACUCAGACAGCGGCGAGUGUCCUCUGACGCUGGCGGUCCAAUUGGAGGAGAGCUGCGAGCUCAUCAAAGUUCUUCGCAGCGGCGGCGCUCACCUGGACUUUCGCACCAGGGACGGAAUUACCGCUCUGCAUCGGGCCGUCAUGUGCCGCAACAGCUCGGCUCUCACCACCCUGUUGGACCUGGGCGCGUCUCCGGACUACAAAGACAGCAGGGGGCUGACUCCCCUCUAUCACUCUGCCAUGGUGGGAGGCGCCCCCUACUGCUGCGAGCUGCUACUGCAGGACCACGCCACGCUCGGCAUGACCGACGAGAACGGAUGGCAGGAAAUCCACCAGGCUUGUCGCCAUGGGAACGUGCAGCACUUGGAGCACCUGUUGUUCUAUGGGGCUGACAUGAGCUCCCAGAAUGCAUCGGGAAACACCGCGCUGCACCUCUGCGCUCUCUACAACCAGGACAGCUGUGCCAGAGUGUUGCUAUUCCGAGGAGCCAACAAGGAUAUCAAGAACUACAACAACCAGACUGCCUUUCAGGUCGCCAUCAUCGCCGGGAACUUCGAUUUGGCCGAAAUCAUCAAGAUCCACAAAAGUUCUGACGUUGCAGUUCCCUUCCGAGAAUCUCCAUCGUACACCAAGCGGCGCCGCCUGGGAGCCAUCAGGUCCCCGGCCGGAAACGGCCUGUCGUCGCCGCGCUCUCUGAUUCGCUCGGUGAGCGACAACGCCCUGGAAAGCCCCGCCUCCUCCCCUGGACCGUCCCUACAAAGCCUGGAAACGCACCUCGACGCGCACACGCACUCGCUACGACGACAUACGCGCCGCCUCAGUCCGAGUGGCGGCGGAGGUCACGUGGAGAGCAGCCCCCCGUCGUCGCCCCCCGCCACCCCGCAGUUGAGGAAGAAGCGGCUGUACAGCGCCGUGCCGGGACGCACCUUCAUCGCCACACGCUCCCACGUACCCCAGGGCUCCGGAGAGAUCCAGCUGCACCGCGGCGAGAGGGUGAAAGUUCUGUCCAUUGGUGAAGGUGGAUUCUGGGAAGGCAAUGUGAAAGGAAGAACAGGCUGGUUUCCUGCCGACUGCGUUGAAGAAGUUCAGAUGAGGCAGUAUGACCCCAGGCUUGAGACGAGGGAGGACCGCACCAAGAGGCUCUUCAGACAUUACACGGUGGGCUCGUACGACAACUACACCUCUUACAGUGACUAUGUGAUCGAGGAGAAGAUGGCCGUGCUGCAGAAGAGAGAGAGCGAAGGAUUUGGCUUUGUCCUGCGAGGAGCCAAAGCCGAGACUCCCAUCGAGGAGUUUGCCCCCACGCCGGCGUUCCCCGCCCUGCAGUACCUGGAGUCUGUGGACCAGGGCGGCGUGGCCUGGAGAGCCGGUCUACGGACUGGAGACUUCCUCAUUGAGGUGAACGGCGCGGAUGUGGUGAAGGUCGGCCAUCGCCAGGUGGUGGCGCUCAUCCGACAGGGCGGGAGCCGCCUGCUCAUGAAGGUCGUAUCCGUUUCCCGCAAGUCCGACACCAACCUGCUCAGAAAAAAAGCCCCUCCCCCUCCCAAGCGAGCCCCCAGUACUUCGUUGACUCUUCGAUCCAAGUCCAUGACCGCUGACCUGGAGGAGAUAGCCAGGAGGAGGCGUUUUGAGAAACUGGAUGACAUGUUGGCGGGGAACACACAGGAAGUUGUUCUGCGGUCCCGGCCGUCCGAUGACUUCAGGGCGGCCACAGUGAAGCAGAGGCCCACCAGCCGCAGAAUCACUCAGGCUGAGAUUAAUUCGUUGUUUGAGCGUCAAGGUCUGGUCCCGCCCUCCGGCCCGGAGAAAAGCACCAUGGCGCUGCCCCGGGGAAUGUCCAGAACCAAAAGUUUUGGCACCCCCGAGGACGACCGCAUCUCCGCUCUGAUCCACGAAAGUCGCUUUCCUCGCAGCUCCUCUCUGACCGACAGCUUCAUCCCGCCGCCUCCCCAGACCGCGCCGCCCCCGCCUCCGUCCCCGCUCUUCCUCCUGGACUCGGGGCCGCCCCCCUCCUUCCUCCCGCCCCCUCCCCCCGCCCGAGGGGAGGGCCUGACCCGGUCCAGCUUCAAACCGGGAGCCGAGCCCAGGCUGCAGGAGCUCUCGGACACGCCGUCCAGGAGCCACGCCGAGCGCCAGAGGAAGGCCCGCUCCAUGAUCAUCCUGCAGGAUACGACGCCUCAGCUGCAGCCCGAGUUGCACGCCGCCGCCGCCGCCAUGCACGUGUCCCCCUCGCACACUUCCACGCUGUCUCUCCACACCGCCGCCCUCGGACACUCGCCGCUGUCACGCCGCAGAGGACGACCCAUCGAAAAUCCAUACGCCAACGUGGGACAGCAGGCCCCCCCGGCCAAACCUCAGAGGAGGAAGUCACCUCUGCUCAAACAACUUCCUGUGGAGGAGCAAGGGCUCAAAGACCAGGACUCAAAGUCGGACGCCAGCGCCCCAGGCAGCCCCAGCAGGGCAGAGCUCUACCAGCAGCAGGUUCUGUCGGAGCGCGCUCGCGUCCACGGCCGCCGCUCCUCCCUCUUCCUAUCCGUAGAGGGCGCCGUCUCCGACAACCAGGCGCCCCCUCUCCUGACGCAGAGUCACUCCAUGGACGACCUGGGCGAGCUUCCGCCUCCCGCGCCCGUCCUUUCGCCCUCGCCGACCCCGCACACCUUCCUCCACCCGCUGACCGGCAAGCCUCUGGAUCCUUCGUCUCCACUCGCCCUGGCUCUGGCCGCACGGGAACGAGCGCUCACCGCCCGCACGCCGAGCCCCGAGCCGCGACCCAAACAUGCCUCGGCUUCCGCCACCCCUCUCCCCACCCCGGCCGCCAGCCCGGAGGGCCGCCAUAAGCGCACCCCGGUCCCAACCCCGCAGAGCAGCCCAGAACCCCGCUCCAAGCGCACCACCCCGCAGACCAGCCCCGAGCAGCGAAGCAAGCGUACCACCCCUCAGAGCAGCCCCGAGCUGCGCCACAAGCGCGUAGCUCCGCCUCUCUUCCCCGACGGACAGGUGGAGCGUCCCGAGGCGGAGGGCGGAGUGACAUCGCCCGCCGGGCCGUCCCCUGAACGCUGGAGACCCGUCCCACUGGCAAACCUGGCCAAUGAGAGCCACCCGGCUUUGAUUGACAGGCGGAGAAGCCUGACCAUAGGGAGCUCAGAGGAAGAGGGCGGUGCCUAUACGGUGACCCUCCCGCCCGCACUGUUGUCAUCCAGCGACGAGGAGACAAGAGAGGAGCUCCGCCGGAUCGGCCUGGUGACACCGCCCCCUGGUUUCGCCGCCCCGCCGUCCCCCCUCGCCGUAACCCCGCGGCGGAGCGGCGAGGGCGAUACGGGCCAGGACGACGACGAGGAGCCUCGUGACGGCUCGCUGCCUCCCUCCAUCAGCUUGGCGUCGCCGCCCGCACCGCCUUCCCCCUCCUCGCCACCCGCCGGCCACCCCUCCUUGGCUCUCAAACCCCGCCUCCGCUCACCCAUUGGCCGCGGCCGCUCGGCCCUCAGGGACCCCCUGCUCAAGCAGUCGUCCGACAGCGAGCUGCUCCCGUCCUCGCCCGCCUCCCCGUCGGCCACCCGCCAGCCGCGCUACCUCUUCCAGCGCCGCUCCAAGCUGUGGGGGGGCGGCGAAGAGGAGAGCCGUCCCGCCGCACUGGGCGGCCAAGGGUCCGCCUCGGCCCUGGAGUUGAGCGGCAGGGCAGAGUCGGGCCUGGACCUUGCCAACAGGCUCCACCUCCUCAACAAAGAUAGCCACUCCCUGGGGGAGGAGCCAAGCCCUCUCGACCCCGGUCGCAGGUCCCCAGUAGGUGGGGCCAGAUGUGUGGAGAGUGGAGAGAGCAAAUCGUUGUUCUCCAGUCUGGGCGAGCUGCACACCAUUUCCCAGCGCGGAUACGGCGCCACCUACACGGUCCGCCCGGGAAGCCGCUACCCCGUCACCCGCCGCAGCCCCUCCCCGUCGCCCUCCCCCUCCGACAGGCCGCCGGGCCUGGGCUCCUCCCCCUCGCCCUGCUCGGAGCGCCCGGACCUGAGCUCGGGCCGCGGUCUGACCAUCCUCAAGUCGUCCAGCCUCAGCCUGCCGUCGGAACCCAAGGAGGUCCGCUUCGUCAUGCGCAGCGCCAGCGCCCGGACCCGCUCCCGCUCGCCCUCGCCCUCCCCGCACGCCUCCCCGUGCCCGUCGCCCGUCCUCAGCGGCCCCCUGCUGGCGCUCAGGCCCUGGAGGCAGCGCCCGCUCAGCUUGUGGAACAAGUACGACGUGGGCGACUGGUUGGAGAGCGUGGGGCUGGCCGAGCAUCGCCAGCGCUUCCAGGAGCACGAGAUAGAAGGCUCGCACCUUCCCGCCCUCACCAAGGACGACUACGUGGAGUUGGGCGUCACCCGGCUGGGCCACCGCAUCAACAUCGAGCGGGCCCUCAGGCAACUGUUGGACGCCGCCACUUGACCGCCGUCGCCGCCAUAGGUCUCCUCUCUAUUGCUUUUCUCAACUCAGCUCUUUGAUCGCCACGGGGGUCUAAAAUCCUUUCCACCGCAACCGUCAAUAGACGUGACCACUUGUCUUGAUUGAUGGUCGCGAUUGAUUGAAAAUGCCUAACCGUCGUCUCCAUCCGUCACCGUCAUCCAUCAGGUCCAUCUGUCAAGUCCGUCCCAUCCAUCCAUCCAUCAUGUGUGUGUUGAGCAACUCCAUUCGUAACGUCAUCCGUCUCCUCUGUCCGUCAUGUCCAUCGACCAGUUCUCAUCGACUUCACAAGAAAACGUAAGUCAACUCGUGCACCCAGUUGAUAGUUGCAAGCCCCAAUGCUAAGAUGUUAGCUUUGCCGAGACUGUGUUGGCGAUCAGAGAGCUGAUGUGAUCUUAUAUAUUUUUUUUCCCUCCAAUUUAUUAGUAUAUGUACUGAAAAAUAUGAGUCUUGAUUUUAAAUAUUUCUGAAUAUAAUGGCCUGGAUGCAAGCAACACAUUUCGGCGUUUGGUGUCAGGUGGCACGUUAAAGUCCCUGUCAAGUGAAAAUAUCUGACACACGCUUCAUAAAGUGAGGAUUCAAAAUGGCGACAAAUCAAGCCCUCGUCGCUUGUCUUAAAUGCGCGAUGUUUAUCCCAAGGGCGUUUUUCUCUCUGCAACAACGGGGCACUCGAAAGCGGCCGCCACGCCGGCUGUCAAGUCGGGCUUGCUGUUUUUCUCCUUUGUCUCCAUGAUGUGCGCACACUCAUGGCUAACAGCGAGGGACUCUCAAGUGGCAAAAUCAGGCCUCGGCUGUUACGUCGGAUUCACUUGAGAGGGUUUUUAGCGACAAAUCGGAUGCCGACCGACCUUUAAACCGAAAACGCCUUGCAGUGCAUCAGGUUAAUUUCCCUCAUUUAGAUUUUAUGAGCAACGGUGUGCUAGUUUUGACUUUAUUCUCGUUUCACUUUGGGUUUCACAAUAUGCCCCCGUCACCUUGGCGACGCCUCGGAGUUCUUGAUUGUCGAACUGUGCGUGUGUCUGCGCGCGUGCACGUGUGUGGUACGUGUUGACUGGACAUGGUGCUACGUUGUUGGAAGCCAUUUGUACAGAAAGUAACUUCAUCAUCCUUGAAUCAAUUGAAGCAAAUCAAUCAACCCCCCCCCCCCCAAAAGAAAAAAAGGAAAACAAUCAAGCAUUCGGGCAUCAAGGUCGUUUGAGGAGUUUCCACUCUGCCAUGAAAGGGUGUGUUUUGUUUUGAUUUUUACCUGACCAUAUGUGGAAAUCUCUGCAACCUUUUCUUCUAGCAUGCGAGUCGCGCUAGUAAGAAGGACUCCUACAGUGCAUUCUGAAGGUUUCGAACACACACUAGAACAUCCGAAACGUAUUCACAAGGAAGUAGAAAAGUUGAAACAAAUGAUCAUCAUCGCUGACAUCUUGGGAGUGUCGGUCACUGUUAACAAACAGGACAUGGGCUAACAUGCUCAAGGGCGCUAAGCUCAUGUAAACAUUAGGACGUAGACUAGAGAGAAAAUGUAGCUGAAUAGGUGUUCCUAAUUCAUGAAUAAGCAAUAGACUGCUGCUGGUGAUGAAGUCCUCAUGUAUCAUCAAAUGGUCACGCGCAUUCAUUGAUUGAUUGAUUGAUUGAUUGGAUGGCUUUGAUGUUUCUUUGUGCUCUUUUCUUUCUUUUCACACACACACACACACACACACACCAAACAUGUUGUCAUGUUUCUAAUAAAGGCUCAUUUACUACUA